CUGCUCUACGGAUACAUGGAGCAGCAUCAAGUACUACAUGUAAGGUUCAAUAACUAACACUUUUUCUUGUAUUUCUCCAUCCUGAGUUAGAACAUUGCAUUCAAAAAAAACAUGCCUUCAAUCAGCGAAACGGUAUCUAACCGUCGAGUGGGUCUUGGUCCGUAUGAAGAGCUCUAUAAAUAUUUUCACGCACAUCCUGAGCUUUCAUUUCAAGAAAAAGCCACAGCAGAAGCCAUAGUCUCCCAUCUCGGAACCUUAAACGCAUACACCAUCCACUCCUCAAUCGGCGGACAUGGAGUCGCCGCCGUGCUAAAAAAUGGACCUGGCAAGACUGUUCUCCUACGUGCUGAUAUCGACGCUCUUCCCGUGGAGGAACGCACUGGCCUCGCAUAUACAAGUAAAGCGCGCAUGAAGGACUUGGAAGGUCAUGAAAAACCCGUGAUGCAUGCGUGUGGCCAUGAUAUGCAUAUCACGGCUCUGCUUGCUGCUGGGGAGACGCUGGCUAAUGUGAGGGAUGCUUGGAGUGGGACGGUGAUUCUUUGCUUCCAGCCUGCGGAGGAGAAGGCGGGCGGAGCGCAGAGUAUGGUUGAUGGUGGGUUGUAUGACAAAGUGCCUUUGCCGGAUGUUGUUGUCGGAGCUCAUGUUGUCCCUGAAAAGUCUGGAGUCAUUGGUACGAAACGGGGGUUGAUUGCGAGUUCAGCGGAUUCUUUCCAGUUGAGGAUUGAGGGGCGACAAGCUCAUGCUUCGACACCGCAUAGAGGUAUCGACCCUAUAGUCCAAGCAGCAUCAACAAUCAUGCGCCUGCAAACCAUUGUAUCCCGCGAAGUCGAUCCCCUCGAUUUUGCCGUCGUGACGGUUUCCGCCAUCCACGCCGGCGACGCAGAAAACAUCAUCCCCGAGUCCGCCGACCUCAAAAUCAACGUCCGCGCCGCUCUCCCCGACACCCGCACCCGCAUCCUCACCAGCAUGGAGAAGAUCAUCGCCGCCGAAGCCCAAGCGUCCUCGAACCCCAGCCAACCCUCCCUUACACAAACCACGCGAUUCCCCCUCCUCUUCAACGACGAUGAUGUGACUAGCGCGCUCGAGAAGAGCUUCUCACAGCACUUCGAAGUCGGCAAGCAUGGGUACAGCAGUAAUGUUCCGAGGCUACAGGGCAGUGAGGAUUUCGGUAUUCUGGCUACGGCGAUUGGAAAACCGAGUUGUUUCUUCUUGUAUGGGGGGAUUGAUCCAGAGGUUUAUGAGAGAGCGGAGAGUGAGGGCAAACUGAAGGAGAUGCCGGGAAAUCACAGCCCGUUCUUUGCGCCUGUUCUGCAGCCGACAUUAACAGUUGGUGUGGAUGGGUAUGUAGUGGCUGCGUUGACGUUUUUGGGGAAGGAGAUGUAAGGGUUCAGACCAGUGUAAAAGCAGGGGAUGAUACACAUAUCCUAGCUUGUUUCGUUGAAGUAUGAUCCUGUAUAUCCAACGUUUCCUUGACAAGAUCUUUGUUUCUUGGAACGGGGUAUCUCGAGAAUCUCAAUGAACACUCUGGGACGUGCAACCCCGAGGAUAUGGCGUAGAACUGCAACAUGCAACACGCCAAAACUGUUAUAGAGUAAGAAAAUGUUGUUAACAAUGCAGAUGAAUUUGAAUCAAUACCUUG